UGGUCUGGGACAGUCUGGCAGAGAGGUAAGGGGCCUGGGGCCAGCUGGGGCCUCUGGGGCUCAGCGUGUGCGUCAAUGAGAGACUGCUGGAGUUUGGGAGGCUUUGGGCAAAGUCCAAGCUGAGCAGGUAGAAGUGAGAGGGGCCGAGCGUGGUCUAGGCCUUCCCAGGAAUGUCAAUUGAAUUCAGGGUGCCCUGCAGAAGAAGGCAUGGUGCUGGGGACCCUGAGGGGCGAGAGUGGGUUCUGCUGCCAGAGGAGCAGGGCUGGGCAUUCUGCCAGCCAAGGGGCUGGCCUGAGGUGUCCCAGCCUUGGCACCAGGGAUUGGGCUGUGGAGUGCCACCCAGGUGGCCUCUGGGGAAAGACUUCAGGGACAAGGGAGGUGGACAGCAUUGGUGGGCUUACCUCAACUCAGAGAUGUGACAGGCUAGCUACCUGGUCUCCAGAAUGGACAGGCCUGUGGUGGAACGUACCAAGCAGGAGCCCUUCCACGUGGUCACGCCUCUGUUGGAGAGCUGGGCACUGUCCCAGGUGGCAGGAGUGCCUGUCUUCCUCAAGUAUGAGAAUGUGCAGCCCAGCGGCUCCUUCAAGAUUCGGGGCAUUGGGCAUUUUUGCCAGGAGAUGGCCAAGAAGGGAUGCAGACACCUGGUGUGCUCCUCAGGGGGUAAUGCGGGCAUCGCUGCUGCCUACGCCGCUGGGAAGCUGGGCAUCCCUGCCACCAUCGUGCUCCCCGAGAACACCUCCUUGCAGGUGGUGCAGAGGCUGCAGGGGGAGGGGGCCAAGGUCCAGCUGACUGGAAAGGUCUGGGACGAGGCUAAUCUGAGGGCACAAGAGUUAGCCAAGAGAGACGGCUGGGUGAAUGUCCCCCCAUUUGACCAUCCCCUAAUAUGGGAAGGCCACGCCAGCCUGGUGCGGGAGCUGAAGGCAGUGCUGGGGACCCCACCAGGUGCCCUGGUGCUGGCAGUUGGGGGCGGAGGCCUCCUGGCUGGGGUGGUGGCUGGCUUGCUGGAGGUGGGCUGGCAGCAUGUGCCCAUCAUUGCCAUGGAGACCCAUGGGGCACACUGCUUCAAUGCGGCCAUCAAGGCUGGCAAGGUGGUCACAUUGCCAGGCAUUACCAGCGUGGCCAAGUGCCUGGGUGCCAAGACAGUGGCCGCGCGGGCCCUGGAGUGCACGCGGGUAUGCGAGAUCCACUCCGAAGUGGUGGAGGAUGCUGAGGCUGUGAGCGCUGUACAGCAGUUCCUGGAUGACGAGCGUGUGCUGGUGGAGCCUGCCUGUGGGGCAGCCUUAGCAGCCAUCUACUCAGGUCUCCUCAGGAGGCUCCAGGCUGAGGGUUGCCUGCCCGCUUCCCUGACUUCAGUUGUGGUCAUCGUGUGUGGAGGUAACAACAUCAAUAGCCAAGAGCUACAGGCUCUGAAAACCCAGCUGGGUCAGGUCUGAGGGCCCAGCCUAGAAGAGCCUGAGAGGUACAUGGAGACUCCUGUGGCUAAAUGAGUGGGGCUCAGUGCUGGUGGGUGGCAGUGGAAGCUGCCCUGUGCAUCUGUGCUGGGUGCCUCCUGAAGGAAUCCCUCCCGGACUGCCCCUUUUGGCUCCCUGACAACUCCAGCCAAUAAACACUUUCUGAGUUGAGUUUGUAA